UUUAGCGCUCGUACCAUCGAGAAACCGGCCUCGAUACAUCUUAUGCUGUCAGUGGCCCUCAUAAACCCAACAGAAGAAGAGUAUGUGGGAGAGGCGAGUACCAGUAUAGAAAGAAUAAAAAAGUUAUCAGGACCCUCUAAGCAAACUGCACAUAUUCUGAAGUGAAGUGAUCACUAUCUUGUUGGUUAUCAGUCUUAUCAGUGGGUGUGCAGUCUUCAUGUUCAGGAACACGAAGAGGAUACCAUUACGACAUUUCAAUUCUCGUAUUAGACUACUUCAAUCAAGAAUGGCAAAGAGAAUACCACAGCAAUUUGAAUAUUUUCUUGUGCUUGAUUUUGAGGCCACAUGCGAUGAUGGAAAAAAAAUUCAUCCGCAGGAAAUCAUUGAAUUCCCAGUUCUGAAAGUGAAUGCAAAGACCUAUGAAGUUGAUUCUCAGUUCCACCAUUUUGUGAAGCCAAAACAUAACCCUAAAUUGACUGAUUUCUGCAUGAAACUCACUACAAUAACGCAGGAAGAGGUGGAUGCAGGAAAACCGUUUCCCGUUGUCUUUGAAGAAUUUGAUAAGUGGAUACAAGAGGAUGUGGGACUGAACUCAAAGUUUCUUUUUGUCACAUGUGGAGACUGGGAUCUGAAAACUAUGCUCCCAAGUCAGUGCGACCUAGAGAACUACCAGGUACCUGUAUACUGCAAGACAUGGCUCAAUAUUAAAAAGUCUUAUGCAGUGAUGACAGGAGAGUACGUCAAAGGCAUGAUGCCAAUGAUUAACGGUCUCAACCUUGUUCACAUUGGCCGCCUUCAUCGAGGUCUUGAUGACUGUCACAACAUUGCCAACAUUCUGAGAGCUCUGGCAGACCAAGGCUGCAAGUUCCUACCUACGAUGGCCAUUGAUUAACUUAUUGAAAUAAGUUUUUCUUAUUUUAUAUUGAUCCAGCAGUGGUUUUUGGUACUUUUAAGAAAUUGUCAAAAGUGAUUAAUUCAGGUUAGCUACAGUAUAUUAUUAGACAUUAAUAGACAUGAGUAGUAUGGCUUCAGUCUGUAGUGUUUUUUUUUUUUUACAUAUUUCAUGGAAUGAGUCUAAGGGUACAUUUUAAGUACAAAAAAUUUAUUUUCAACUAAAAGUACUAAAGCUAGUUUUUCCAUUUAUAUUUAAAUAUGAUUAUUUUAUGGGAUUUCAGUUUUGUUUAGAUAUAGUUAGGUUUGCUUUUUAAUAUUUUAUUUAGUGAAGAAUUGCACAGAAAUUGCCAGCACUGACUUGCCAGUCAUAUACUAAUUUUUCACUACAAAUGCAAAAUUGUUUUCUAAGAUACGUUUGUGUGGGGUUACCAAAAGUAUUAUUCAGUGGGCAGAGGAAGGGUUGUUGAGGUGGUUUGGGCAUAUAGAGAGGAUGGAGCAAAAUAGGAUGACUAGGAGGGCAUGUAAAUAGGGGUUGGAAGGAAGGAAGGAUAUGGCUCAUCCCAGGAAGGGUUGGAGGGGGGGGGGAGUCUACCUACCUGGAGGGUGUUCUGGGAUCAGCACACCCACAGCCUGCAGCUGGUUUUGAGUGCUAGGGGCUUGGGCAUCCAACAAGUUCAUGUGAACCUGUUAAAUAGGAGUUAGUGGAGGCAAGUGGUUUUUAUGAUUUGACAUGCUCUGAGAGUGUGAAUAAAGCAACAUUUGUGAAGGGAUUCAGGAAAACCAGUCUUUCAAUUUGAGUCCUUGAAAUGGGAAGUACUGUGCCUACAUUCUGAAGGAGGGGUGGGGAUGUUGCAGUUUGUAAGGGGUCACCUGACCUGUGCCAUCAGCAUGCUUCUGGCCAAACAGUGAUUGAAUGAUGGUGAAAGUGUUUCUUCUUUUUCGGGUCGCCCUAUCUCGGUGGGAGACAACCAGUGUGUUAAAGAAAAAAUGUCAAAGUAAUUGGUUAAUUUUGGUUGUGUCACACAGGGAAAGUUCAUAGAUAUGCAAAGCAUUUUGGCAAGGAGAAAACAAAUUAAGUAUUACUGGGCAUCAAAUAGUCAGAUUAAAGUUAAUAAGGUGCAACUCUAAUUGUAGAUAAUCAGCCAAUGCUAAAAAUGAAUUACAGGUGUCCCCUUGCUUUAUGUGAGAGAUGUAGUCCUGAUUGUUGGUGUAUAAAGUGAAAUCGCAUGUAGCAAACCCAUUAUAAUGGUGAAAAUGGGGUUACUGCAUAUAAUCAAAAUCACACAUAGCAAAUCAGCAUAAAGCAAGGAAAACCUGUGCUGGUAUGUACUUGCAUGUUUAUAUAAUGUUAGUGCUGUCUUCUCUGCUGUGGUUGUUGUUGUGUUUACUUACACUGUGUGUACAUAAAAUAUUUUAAAUGUAUUAGUAAUUGUGGGAAAUAUAAAAUGAGAAUGAACUAAA